GCCCCUGGCGGGAGGCGGAGCUGCGGCGUGGACCCGCCCGCUCUGGACAGAGAAACAAACUCAGGCCCGGAGCCCGGCCGCCUUUUGCACCACGCGGGAUCGGCACUUACAGCAGGACCGACCGAGCACUAGACAUCUUGCCACCUCACUCAAGACGGAUACAAAGGUCAACGAGCCCUUCCCUUUAGGAGGGUAGGACAAACAGCUACUUCCCACACCGACCCCUGAAGAGCGGGCACAAAGUCAGCACUUCGCACACGCAGGAUCUUGGGCACGCCCGGGAAGGGAACCGCGGUUGACUACGUGGGAGUUCCAGCGACAUAGCCAUUACGCUAACUGCUGGUCCCGGAGUUUGUGUGUUUCUUAGUUACUAGCGAGAUAUAGUGACCUGAAAAAAAUGUCUGGAUUUCUGGAAGGCUUGCGGUGCUCAGAAUGCAUUGACUGGGGAGAGAAGCGCAACACAAUUGCUUCCAUCGCUGCUGGUGUGCUCUUCUUUACAGGCUGGUGGAUUAUCAUUGAUGCAGCUGUUAUUUAUCCCACUAUGGAAGACUUCAACCACUCCUACCAUGCCUGUGGUGUCAUAGCAACUGUAGCCUUCCUCAUGAUUAACGCAGUAUCGAAUGGCCAAGUCCGAGGCGAUAGCUACAGUGAAGGCUGUCUGGGUCAGACAGGUGCUCGCGUCUGGCUGUUCAUUGGUUUCAUGUUGGCCUUCGGAUCUCUGAUUGCGUCUAUGUGGAUUCUCUUUGGAGGUUACGUUGCUAAAGAAAAAGCUGUAGUGUACCCUGGAAUUGCUGUAUUUUUCCAGAAUGCCUUCAUCUUUUUUGGAGGACUGGUGUUCAAGUUCGGCCGCACUGAAGACUUGUGGCAGUGAGGCCACGAUGCCGCGGCCCGCAGCCGGCGUGGGCUUUUGUACUGCUCCUUCUCAGUCUUUUGUAACGCCAUUUUCUAAACUUAUUUUUGAGUGUAGUUUUGAAGUGUAAUGCUGAAAUCAUGAGCGCGCCUAUUUAACAACAGGAGUCCA